GGGCUGCGGGGCUGCGCGGGGCUGUAAACAGGGGCGGGCUGUGUCGCUGCGGUGUGGCGGCUCCCACCGCUGCGUGAGACGGUGUCCCCGGGUGUCACCGGGGCGCACACCGAGAGGAACCUGCUUCGAUGUGCGUGUCAUGGCAUAAAAAUAGCUGCGAUCCACCUGCGCGCCGGGGCGGCGGCGCAGCGGCGGAGGGGGACCGCGCAGGAGCCAUGGGCGCCGGACUGCGGAAGCCCGCAGGCCACCUCGGCAUCUGAGACCCUCGCAACCAAGAGGAGGACCAGUCCCGAGGACCGCUGCUCGCUGCUUCCAGCUCCUUACCUUUCAUCAUCACUAAGGCAGCAGAAUCUAUUCUGAGGAAGGUUGUUGGAGGGGAAGGAUGGGUCUUUGAGCCCCGGGAGGAGAGCAACGGCUACCUGGUGACUGAGCCCAUCAUCACUCAAGCCACAGUUCCCGACACCUUGAAGAUGUGCCCUGGUAACUGGCUCUGGGCCUCCAUGACUUUUAUGGCCCGCUUCUCCCGCAGCAGCUCAAGGUCCCCCGUUCGCACUCGAGGGAGCCUGGAGGAGAUGCACACGGUGCACCAUCCUUUCCUCAACGUCUUUGAGUUGGAGAGGCUCCUCUACACAGGCAAGACAGCCUGUAACCAUGCCGAUGAGGUCUGGCCAGGCCUCUACCUCGGAGACCAGGACAUGGCCAACAACCGCCGUGAGCUUCGUCGCCUGGGCAUCACCCAUGUCCUCAAUGCCUCACACAGCCGGUGGAGGGGCACCCCUGAGGCCUACGAGGGACUGGGCAUCCGCUACCUGGGGGUCGAGGCCCAUGACUCGCCAGCCUUUGACAUGAGCAUCCACUUUCAGACCGCGGCGGACUUCAUCCAUCGGGCACUGAGCCAGCCAGGAGGGAAGAUCCUGGUACACUGUGCCGUGGGAGUGAGCAGAUCGGCCACCCUGGUGCUGGCCUACCUCAUGCUUUAUCAUCACUUCACCCUCGUGGAGGCCAUCAAGAAAGUCAAGGAUCACCGGGGCAUCAUCCCCAACCGGGGCUUCUUGAGGCAGCUCCUAGCCCUGGACCGGAGGCUGCGGCAGGGUCUGGAGGCAUGAGAGCAGGGAAAGCGAGCGGGCCAGGUUCCUGGGUAGUUUCCUGGCUCCCAGGUGGGAAGAGGAGACCCAGGUGGCAGGUAGUAGAAAGGCCAGACAACCCAUCCUCCCCCAAUGGCAGGAGAGGGAAGGGCCCCUGAGGCCACUGUGACUCCAUGGAAGGGGAUGGAGAGCCAAGUCGGGCAGUGUGGUAGGUGGGGGCUGCUGACCCGGGAAGGAAGCAGCUGGGCUGUAGGUUCUGUGAUUAGGACAGCACCAGAUUCCAGCAGGGUGUGCCCAGUGACUCAGAAUCCCUUCCCCUCAUUGUGUUCAAGUGUUCCCCUCUCUCACUUUCCAAACAAAAGGACCGGCCGCUGAGCAGUACCUGAACAGUGCUGGGAGGGGGGUGUGUGUCUCAAGGAUUCAGGAGCGUGGAUGUGAGGGAAGGUGUACAGGUUGCAGGAAACAGUGGAGAAAAAGUCGGUGAUGGAGUGGUGUGAAAGCCACAAAGCCAGAGGGAGAAACCUACAGGUGUGCAACUCCAGGAAGAAGAGGUGUGGGAAGACUGAUAGAUAGGACACCCCAGAGGAGCUGCUCAAGGUCCAAGGAGGGAGUCUUUAGGUGGUCAUAUUCUCACUGAAAACCAUGUGUCUGGAGUAACAAUAAAGAGUUGAAAAAGA